AUGAGUCUCCAAUUGACUGUCUUUGCAUUCAUUGGUCUCCUGUGGGCUAAUACUAGCCAUGGAUUAGACGGACCUAAUGUGUGCACCAAAGAGGAAAUUUUCCCACAAGAGGUUCAGGUGCAGAUCAACGUCCCCUAUGAGGUCCGCACCAUUGGCUGGUGUCUCGCUGUCCCUCCGCGGUGUCGCAAAACCAGAAUCGCUUACAAAAAGGGAUACAAAACGGAGACAAAGCUGUCGACGCGAACCAUCACAACCUGUUGUAAGGGUUAUGCCGAACACACCGAUCGGUGUAUCCCUUGUCCGAGGAAUAAAUGGGGAAAUAAUUGCGAGAAUGACUGCAAAUGUGAGCACAAUUCCAAGUGUGAUGCGGUCACCGGUGUCUGUACGUGUGCCCCCGGUUGGCAGGGGCCUAAUUGUAAUAGUCCCUGUCCUCGUGGUUUCUACGGUUAUCAUUGCAUACAAAACUGCCGGUGCGAACAUGGAGAGUGUGACCACAUAACGGGCGCCUGUAUGUGUGAGCCAGGCUAUAGAGGCCCGCUUUGCAAAGAGAAGUGCUCUCCGGGAACACAUGGAUCCCAGUGUCUGAGUCAAUGCAUGUGUCAAAACGAUGGUCAAUGCGAUCACAUAUCAGGCAGUUGUCAGUGCCCUCCCGGAUGGAUGGGCGAGUUUUGUACAAAUAGUUGUACUUUAGUGCGAAAAUGGGGAAACAAUUGCACCCUAACCUGUGACUGUUAUAACGGUGGAACUUGUGAUCCAGUUAAUGGCACCUGUAUUUGUAAAUAUGGUUAUAAGGGAAUCCGGUGUGAAGAGGAGUGUCCGGCCGGCACUUACGGCCUGAACUGUGAGAAGAAGUGCCACUGUUUUAAUGACGGCACCUGUGAUCCAGAGAGUGGACAAUGCGUUUGCAAGAAUGGAUGGCAGGGCUCACAGUGUGAGACAAGGAGUUGUGUGGAUGGGCUGUAUGGACCCGAUUGUGAACAUGUCUGUCAGUGUCACCAAAAUAAUAGUGUUUUAUGUCACCCCUGGACCGGUGAUUGCACUUGUAAACCGGGUUAUACCGGAGAGUUAUGUCACCGACAAUGCGCUCCACCCUCUUAUGGCGAGAACUGCAAUGAAGUCUGUGGCUGUCAUAACGGCGCUCUUUGUCAUCACAUCACAGGUGAGUGUUUGUGUGACGCGGGAUGGGAUGGUCUCAAGUGUGAGAAGCCCUGUAUGUCCGGUACUUUCGGAAUGAGAUGCUCUCAAAACUGUUCGUGUUUUGGAAAUAUUAAAUGUUUGCCACAAAACGGAAUGUGUGUCUGUCCGGCUGGUUAUGCGGGGCUGAGAUGCGAGCGCCCCUGUCCUCCGACCAAAUGGGGGCCGAUGUGUCAAAACAACUGCUUGUGUCAGAACAACGGCGCUUGCGAUCCAGUCGACGGUGAAUGCAUUUGUAAAAGCGGUUUCUCUGGAUCUCACUGUGAGUUUGUGGGCAACUAUUGUCCGAAAGGCAAGUGGGGCUCAAAUUGUGGCAAACAGUGUUCCUGUGCUGAGGGCACCGCCUGUGACGCCAAUAACGGACGCAUUUGUAUAUGUGAUCGAGGUUGGAUUGGAGUUAAAUGUAACGAAAGACUCAACCCUGUCAUCAUAUCAAUGGUCACUGUCUUUGCUCACCAGGAUAUGCUGGUCUUCAUUGCGGAGAAAUCUGUCCAUCGGGACGGAGAAUGCAAUUGUUUGCCCGGUUGGAAAGGAAAGACAUGUUCUGAACAAUGUGAACCUGGUUAUUUUGGUAUGGAUUGCAGACAAAAAUGCAAUUGUCUUAAUGGCGGCACCUGUAGAGCUGUUGAUGGCCUCUGUAUCUGUGCUAAUGGUUUUAUGGGAACCCGUUGUUCAGAAAUAUGUCCGGAAGGGUUUUAUGGUGACCACUGUUUGAAUAGCUGUAAGUGCGAGACAUCCAAUUAUGUGUGCGACCCAAUCAAGGGAUGUGUUUGCAAAUACGGAUUCGCUGGUGAUAUGUGUGACAUCCGCUUAAAAGCAUAUCUACUUCGCGAAGAUGUCGAAGAAUCCAAAUCAUCAUCAAAUGGUGGACUAAUUGCCGGAAUUGUUAUAUCAGUACUUUUGCUCAUCAGUGCAUUGGCUCUGGUUUUGUAUUACAAGCGAAGACUAUUGAAACUAAAGCACGAGUUGUUUGUGACGUAUACCGCCGGUGCUGAGGACGCAGUGGAUCAGAGACACUUUGAUAAUCCCAUAUAUUCGCAGUCCGUGUCUGCACCCAAUAAUAUGAAGAAUAUUCACAAUAACUUGAAUAAUAACAGAAGUAAUGUAGUGAAGGCUAAAUUGUCGUACAAUACGGCAGACAAUACUUGUACUGUUCAGACAGAUAUGUGUGGAUCCGAUGCUUCCAAUAUCUAUGCAGAAGUGGAUGAGAAGACAACUAAAUUCAAAGAGAAUAAUUGUAAUCCAAAUAUAUAUCAUAGUAUUGAAGAUCUGAAGCGAAUGGUCAACAAGAAAGAGCCCUUUUAUGAUGAAGUGAAGCGACGGAGUGCUGAAGGUGAGCCGAGCACUAGUUCUUAUGAUCACUUGCAUUAUGAUAGACCCAGAAGUGAUAUAAAACCAAAUUAUCAAAGACUGGACACUGCAGCGCAGGCCUCACCUAAUGAGACACCAAAUGAAUCGUCGGAUCCGUCGACCAGUAAUUCAGAAAAUGAUUUAACAUAA